GUAGAAAGACAUUACAUUCUCAUUCAUCCAGAUGAGAUAAAACAAGUUUGCUGAAUUACUGCAAUAACAAGCAAAAUAGCAUGUAAGCAAGACCUUCAUCAGAUCGUGCUAACCCGCGAAGAUCGUGCAGUGUGGUGGUUUCAAUUCCAGUAUCUAAAAAGUCGCACAUUUAGGUUUUUAAUAUCGUAACCUUCAGCCACUCUGGCUCUUCAAGGGUUAAUUCUAUCUUUCCAAGGUCUUCCGCGUGUAUAUUUGCUUUAAUGGAUUAGGAAGCUGGACGACAAAAACGACACUUAAAAAAUCCCUUCCGUACCCCUGGGUCUUGCCACUGUGGGUCAUGUCCGGUUUAGAAAUUAUUUAGGCUCCAGUCAACAGCAGCACUCCAGCGAAUAAAGUUUGAAGUUGCUUUGCACAUCUCCAUUCUGAAAACCUGCUCGCGAUGAAAACCAUCCAGUUCGCUAACGUCGAAGACCAGUACCGAAAGUAUGCAGGCGAACUGCGAGCUACUGAUGUGCAGAAGUUAGGCGAGUGGGUGAAAGGCCAACCGCAUCUACCACCAGUUACCGAGCUCGAAUUGAUCCUGUUUCUACACUCAAAUUACUACGAUCUGGAGGCGGCACAACGUACGAUCGAGUGCUACUAUACUUUUCGAACGAGCUGUAAGAAUCUGUUCGGCAACAGAAACCUCGAUAAAGAUGCGAUACUGAUGGCGAUGGAUGUACUCGAUUUAGCCAUCCUUCCUGAACUAACGCCCGAAGGAUAUCGAGUGAUGCUGGCCAAGAUCGUUGACCCAGACGCAAGUAAAUUUUCCCUCAGCUCCUUGCUGACGCUUGCGCUCAUGUGUGUUGAUAUCCAACUUUGGGAGGAGGGAUGUAAUAACGGAUCGAUCCUCAUCAUCGACAUGGACGGCAUUCAUCUUGGACACCUGCCGAAGCUGGGCAUAUUUACGCUUAAAGAUUUGCUGUACUUCAUACAGGAAGGCUUACCAAUUCGGCUUAAGGGACUACAUCUUGCCAACGUGGUGCCGUUCAUCGAUCGCAUCAUGACCAUGAUCAGGCCGUUCAUGAAGAAAGAGUUGCUUGAAAUGCUCCAUUUACACACCAAGAUGCAUACUCUUUUCCCUUACAUCCCUCAACAUCUCCUGCCAUCCGAUUAUGGAGGUAUGGCACAGUCACGCAAAUUAUUACGAGAUAAUUUAUACAACUACACAAUCAGUUGUGGAGAUCAUCUAGCCAGAUACGAUCAGGACAAGCGGGUAGUCGAGAGCAAACGACUCGUCAAACCGCGCACAAUGGGGAACUUUUUCGGAUUGCUGUGAUCUGCAGUUAAUUCCAAGCUUGUGGUGCUCAAUUUUUUCAACCUCCCUAGCUACUUAUUUUGUUUUUUUUUUCUCAAAGUAUCGAUCAUAAGCAAUAGUAAAUAAAUGCAUAUAAAGACAGUAAACAAGCGCACAACAAAAUAUCUUCUCCGAAAGAAAUCCUGUUUUUAUUCAGAAGUAAUGUUGGUUUCGCUGGCCUGGUGGUAGAGUCGUCAACUCGUACGACUUAACAGAAUGCCCGUUAUGGGUGCACGUGCCCCCAUACGUAAGACUGAUUAUCCUGCUAUGGUAACAAUAAGUCACUGAAAGCCAAGCUCACUUCACUAGUGGGUUGUUG